CAUCCUUGACGCAGGGGCUCACCCGUGACCACCACAGAAAGGAGGGCUACACGUGUAGGCUCAAAACAAGGGAGGAAGGAGACAGAAGAUGAGCUUAUACAAUGCUCUGAUCCGUACUCAUCACAUCACCAGUCGACAGAAAAUCGCACAUCUGCGCAAGGCGGCAAAGCAGCUCGACGUGUAUGCCCUUCUCCGCACCGGGGCUUUCCCGGGCAUUAUGUAUUGCCAGGGAAGCGAGCAUGGAGUGAAUAGCUUUGUAACAACGGUCCAGGGUUUGCGCUACAAAGACUUUAAGCUGGCGUCACGACCGGCACCGAUCGAAUCAGACGCCGGCCAGGCGGGGAAACAGGCAGGGCUGUUUGAAGUCGCGUCGGUGCAGGAAUUCGCCACUGUUAUGGACGUCAUGGGGCUCUCAAACUGGUGGAAGAGGGCCAUGGAGUUUGCGUGACCUGCGCGGUCCCGCGCAGCCCUGGAGGGUAAUCGAGAACAGGCAUAGAUGCCAUACCUUCAUCCCAUCAAACCGGGCGAAGCUGGCUGGGAAUCCGGCUCCAUCUAGCGGGUCGCCCUCGCAGCAUAUGUAUGUAUGUAUGAUCUAUACUCACGCCUUCCGGACAACCCUCGAUAACCGCGUGAGAACCCCAGCAAACCACGGCGUAGCCCACACGCUCGCAACGAUCCUGACCGGCAGCAGGGCCUUGGUGAUCGUAUAGGCCAACGCGAUUUCCACGACAACACGAUAUUUGGGAUCAUCAGCGCCGCCCUGGUCCCUCCAGUGACGGAGCACCUCCUCCCCCUCCGCUCCGUUCCUCUCCCCAUUUAUCC